AAUUCAUCAAAUAAAAUGUAUUCUCUCCUUCUUCAAACUUCCAAGAUCAAGCUUUCAUUGUACGUGCUUGGCUGCAUAUAUCUCUAUGGUGCAGCUAAAGAUCAAUCCUAAUUGUGAAUCAAACAUUGUUUCAUUCAAUGACAUGAUGAUUUCCAUUCCUGAAAACGGUCAUUUCCGGUCAAUUGCAUCAUCUUCACCAUAAUUUUAUCAACAAAUGGUAGAAAAAAAAAAAACAUAAGUUGAAGAAUGAUAUAUUUAAUCAACUUUCCAGAAAGAAAGGAGCUGAAAUCCAAUUAAUCCAAGAAGCUCAUACCAGGCAAACCAGAGGAGCAUUAAGUCACUAUUUUGGUGAAUAAUUGUUAUUAAUCGUAUUUACGAGGCAGAUACGAUAUGGUUGAGGUGCAAACAGUUGGUAGCACCACCACGGAAAGUGGCGGCCUCCUCCAAUUUACGUUACAUGUGGUUCGAGGUCGAUGGUUCUCACUUUUUGCCUCUUUCCUCAUCAUGUCUGGAGCAGGUGCUACUUACCUUUUCGGGUCAUAUUCCGAAGAAAUAAAAACCGCUCUUGGAUAUGAUCAGACCACACUUGUUCUGUUGGGUUUCUUCAAGGAUUUUGGAGCCAACAUUGGAGUUAUCUCCGGCCUAAUAGCCGAGGUAAGUCCAACAUGGUUCGUGCUGCUAGUUGGUGCGGCUAUGAACUUUACAGGCUAUUUUAUGAUAUGGCUUUCGGUUGUUGGCAAGAUUUCCAAGCCAAAAGUUUGGCAAAUGUGCAUAUACAUAUGUCUUGGAGCCAAUUCUCAGAAUUUUGCAAAUACAGGAGCUCUUGUGACCUCUGUUAGGAAUUUCCCAGAGAGUAGAGGUAACAUGAUAGGUCUUUUAAAAGGAUUUACAGGGCUAAGUGGAGCUAUAAUGAUGCAACUAUAUUUGGCUAUCUACGGAAAUGAUGCUCAAUCACUUAUCCUCCUUAUUGCCUGGCUUCCAGCAGCAUUAUCAGUGAUUUUUGUGUAUACCAUUCGAGAAAUGAAAGUCGUUAGGCAACCAAAUCAGCAAACUGUUUUUUACUAUUGCUUGCUAAUAGCAAUUGUGCUGGCAUUCUUUGUUAUGGUCAUGACACUGCUUCAGAAUGCAAUAUCGUUUUCUCAUGCUGCCUACGUUGUAUCUGCCACUGUCUCCUGUGCUCUACUUUUCUGCCCAAUUCUAGUUUUUAUUAGAGAGGAGUUGACUAUCUGGCGUCAAAUGAAAUCUUCAGUUGAUGGAGCUGCAAACACAAUCACGGAAAAUCCACCAGUUACAGUGGAGAAGGAGAUGAACCAAAUCCUACAGCCACAAAAAGAAAACUUUGAGACGACUUCUUGUUUUUCAAACAUCUUCGAAAAACCAGCAAGAGGAGAAGAUUAUACCAUUUUACAAGCAGUCCUUAGUACUGAUAUGUUGAUUCUGUUUGUGGCUGCAUUAUGUGGACUUGGAUCAAGCCUAACUGCAGUUGAUAACAUGGGUCAGAUAGGUGGAUCGUUAGGAUAUCCAAAAACUACUGUUAAAUCGUUUGUGUCACUUCUCAGCAUAUGGAAUUUUUUUGGGAGAAUUUUUGCAGGAUUUGUCUCUGAAAGCCUACUAGUCAGGUACAAAUUUCCUAGAACACUUAUGAUGACAUUAGUCCUUCUGCUCUCCUGCAUCGGCCUCCUUUUCAUCGCCUUCCCCUUCUCCGGUUCUGUGUACAUUGCAUCUGUAAUCAUCGGGUUCUCAUUUGGCGCUCAAUUGCCAUUAAAUUUAACAAUCAUUUCUGAGCUCUUCGGGUUGAAGUACUAUUCGACAUUAUUCAACUGUGGGCAAUUGGCUAACCCUCUUGGAUCAUACAUCCUGAAUGUACAAGUUACUGGACCUCUUUAUGAUAGAGAGGCACUGAGGGAUCUCGAGAAAAGAGGUCUGAGUAGAGCAUCUGUCAAGGAACUGACUUGUAUGGGUAGCCAAUGUUAUCGACUUGCAUUCAUUAUCCUGGCUGGUGUCACAUUCUUUGGAGCUAUGGCCUCAUUGAUUUUGGCUGCAAGAACUAGACAGUUUUACAAAGGAGAUAUAUACAAGAAGUUUAGAGAGCAGGCAGAGGCACCUCAUAUAGAAAUGACUUCUUCAAACACUAUUAAGACACGGUGAGCUAGACAUCAAGGAAAUUAGGGGGGAAAUUUUAGCAAGACACCCCUAAUGAGGGAAUAAUGUCGCCUAUUUUAACAUUUUGUCAAGUAUUACUCUAUUCUGUAUAUUAUCAUUAAAUUGAGUAAUAUGGACGCUAAUGAUUUAUAUAGCGCAAAGAGCAUAUAUAAAUAUCUCCUUUUAGGGUCA